GUAUACUAGUUACAACACACUUGGACUUGACGACAUAGUUGGCGCUACAAGCAACACCGGACGUUCAUAUUGACCAGUUGACUUUACCUAUGCAUACGCGCUUUGUUUUUGCUGCAACUGUGGUAGUGGAAAUAUAUUAAAGCAAGCCGGAAGCUGAUUAAUCCAGUGCGGAAUGCAAAAUGCGGGCAUCGGACUAGGGCUAGACUGCGACCUGGUGUUACGAACUCAACGGUCUGGACCUUACUUGCAUUGAACGUGAAAGCCCUGCGGGUAGGGGGAACUUCGCGUGCCCUGGCGGGUUGGCUCGGGCUCGUCCCAGUGGACGCCCCAGCUUCCCUCUCCGGCUUACCGUUUCCCGCAGCCAGCAAUCGCCGGUCUCUUCUGAGCCCCGACUUCUAACUCAGAGGGGUGCUCGGUCUGGAAGUGCAGCCAGUACCAUGGCUGCGAACAUAGGGCCAAACCCGGAGUGCCCGUCUUUCAUGCGAUGGCCGGGAGUGGCUGCACACCAGCGGCAGCGCCAGGCGCCCGAGCGGCCCGCGACCCCGGUGCGCCUGGGCCAAGGCCUCAUGGCCACAGUGCCUGCGGAGCUGCGGGAGCCGCUGGAAGACCCACUCGCUACCUCGCGCAUGGGCGUCACGCUGGCGGGCCUGCGCCGCAUUCGCGCCGCACUGCUGGCCCACUUCGGCGCCCCGCGCUUCGCGCACCUGUCCACCGCGGAGGUCAACUCGCUGUGGGUGCAGCCGCUGACGCGCGCGCGGCGCUGCCGGCUGCUGGAGCUGCCGCCGCCCGAGGGCCCGGUGCUGCCGGGUGAUGUGGCACAGCCCAUGUACUUCAUCAGCCAUGCGUGGAAGAACCGCGCCUGCCGGCUGUUCGACUACGUGCUGUCCUUCCUGGAGGACGCCGGCGACGACGUGGCGGUGUGGAUUGACAUCCUGGCGGUCACGCAGCACGCCGACAGCCCGCAGCAGCGGCACGACGUGUCCGCCGCCGCCUUCGCCGCCACUGUGGCGGGCUGCGGCGGCGGCACGCUGGUGGUCCUGGACCGCGAGAUGACCAGCCCCGCCACCCGCGGCUGGUGCAUCUUCGAAUGGGCCAGCACGCUGUCUGUGCACGGGUCCGACGGUUUCCACAUGCAGCUGGCCCCCGCGGAUCGACACCACGUGUUUGGAUCCAUUGCGGUGCGCAGCGCCGAGUGCUUCAAGCAGGCCGACAAGGACAUGAUCCUGGGCCUGGUGGAGGAGCGCUACGGCUCCUGUGACCUGUUUGACGCCAAGCUGCGGCUGCAGGUGCUACUGGAGCCGCUGAGCUACCGGGUGGACGUGCGCAAGCUGGCGGCCCGGGCCGGCGGCACACACUGGCACUGGGAGCCGCUGCGCCGCUGGCUGGAGGCGGGCGGUGGCCCCAGCGUCGGCGAUGGAAGCAGCAGCGGUAGCAGUCGGCUGCUGUGUGUGGUGGGCGGCGCGGGCGAGGGCAAGAGCACAGUGUCAGCGCAGCUGGCGGCGGCCGCGGCUGGCGGGAGUAGUGCCGAGGGUGUGGAGGACAGCAGUGCGGGCCAGCGUGGAAGUCUGCUGCCCCCAGGGUGCGCGGUGGCCUACCACUUCCUCAAGUACAGCGAUGCGCGGCGGCUGGAUCCCGUCCGCAUGAUCAAGUCCAUCGCCUUCCAGCUGGCAGAGAAGCUACCGGAGGUUCGUGCUGUACUCCUGGGGCUAGACGUGAAGGCGGUGGCGGCCCUUCAAGAGCCGGAGAAGGCCUUUCAGAUGCUGCUGCUACAGCCGCUCGUGGCCUUUCAGGGCGCGCUGCUGCAGGGCCGCGCCUCCACCUCGCAGCCCAUCCUCAUCCUGAUCGACGCCCUGGAUGAGGCAGAUCCACUGGAGCAGCAGCUGGCAGCCAUUGCUGCUACAGCCGCUACUGCCGCGGCGGCUGGCGCAAACGGCAGUAGCACGAGCAGUGGCGGUGGCCGUGGCUCGGGAGAGCCGGGGGUAUCGUGCCCCACUGUGUGCGGAAACAAGGCACUCGAGGUGCUCACCACGCUACUGCCGCGGCUGCCGAGCUGCGUCCGCUUCAUGGCCACCACCCGCCCCGACGCAGCGACCGGCCAAGUGCUGCCAGCGCUGCACCGUGCUUUCGGCGGCGCCGUGACGCUGCUACAGCCGUCGGCGCUGCGCGCCCCGGCCACCGGCAGUAGCAGCUCGGAGGCUGCUGGAGGCGUCAUGGUGUACUACACAAUCGCCUCGGCAGUAGCCGGGGGCGGCACGGAUGCUGAGCAGCUGCUACUGCCGGGGGGGCGGGCGCCGAUGUUGUCGGACGCACACGCCCUGUUGCGGCGUGUGUUUGAGGCUGCGUAUGCGCGGCUGGAGGGCGGCGGCGUCCAAGGCAGUAGCAGCAGCAACGGCUGGCGGGCGCAGUCGGCGAACGUGACGGCGACGCAGGUCACGGAGCUCAUUGCGGUGAUCAUGGCGGCGAAAGAGCCGCUGUCUCACUCGCUGGUGCAGCAGCUGGGUCUGGGCGGCGCCGUGCCCGCGCUGCCCGGCCACCCGGUGCUGUUCGGCGUAGAGGACCACCACCUGCACAUGGUGCACAAGACGCUGGGCGAGUGGCUGUUGAACCCCAGUGCCAGCGGCGCCUUCGCCGUGUGCCUCGCAGCCGGGCACGCCCGCCUGGGACUACAUCUCGCACGGCUGUGGCAGCGCCACUCCCAGGCCCCCGCCGAGGCCUCCAAGGCCCCGGCUACAGCCCCCACCGGCAGUAGCACCGGCACCGGCGAAACCGAAGCGACAGUAGCACUGUUCGGCGCGUCCAGCAGCUCUCUGCGUUACACGCUCAAGUAUGCGGCGGCACACCUAGUGGCUGCAGCCAACGCGGCUGCUACAGCCGCCACCACUGCCGCCGGUGAGGACACUGCCGGUGCUACAGCCGGCGGCCAGCAGCAGUGCCGCCUGGCGCUGGAGGUGCUGGUGGGGGAUUUUGGGUUCCUGCGGGCGGUGGUGGCGGCGGGCUGCGCGCCCGACCUCAUCGGUGCGUUGGCCGCGCUGGCCGCCCCCAGCCCGCUGUGCCACGACGUGCUGAGAUGGCUGCGGGCGGAGCAGGACAGGCUGCAGGCCCUGGCAGCAGCCGCGGAGGCAGCUGGAUCUGGAUCCGGGGGUGCCGGCGCGGUGGAUCCUGAUGCUGGAUCCUCUGGAUCCUCCUGGGUCGUGGGCCAGGUACUGGCCACCACGCCCAUCUCCUGCGCGCUGCACCGGCUGGCGGCGGCGGCGUACCGCGGCCACGACUGGCGCUGCGUGUCUGUGCUGCCGAGGUCGCUGCAGUCCUGGCCGCCGUGCAUGGCCGUGCUGCAGGCCAACGACGCCAGCAGCCAACCGCGCCGCAGCGGGCCCCCUGCCGGGCCGCCGACUGCAAGCCCUGGGCUGGAGUGCGUCCAGUGGAGCCCAGACGGCAAGCAGUUGGCAACCGCGGGUAACGGCGGCGACGUGCGUGUGUGGGACGCCGCCACGGGGCGCCAGCUGGCAGCGCUGCGGCCGCACCACGGCGGCGGCUCCAUCAGGGGCUUGUCGUACUGCCGGGCGGGCGGUCGCCAGAUCGCACUCACCACCAGCCGGAUCGCCCUGAUUCUGGACACAGCCACGGGCGGGGAGGUGGCCCAGCUGACGGAGCAGGGCGCAGCCAGCAGCCCCCAGGCCGCAGACCCACACCUCGGCUUCAACGGCGGCACCGCCAUCGCCUACAGCGCCGACGGGCGGUUGAUCGCACUGGUCGAAGACAACAGCGCGAAGCGGCAGCUGAGCCUUUGGGAGGUGACGGAGUCACCUGCCUCCGCGUCCUCCGCUUCCGUGGCAGUCGCACAACAGCUUCAACAUGGCAGUAGCAGCACCAGCACAGGCAGUAGCAGUGGGAGCCAGCAGCAGGUGCGGGUGCGCAGGCUGGCGCGGCUGCCCGGCUACCGCUGCGCCGCCUUCAGCCCGGACGGCCGGAGGCUGGUGGCGAACAACGGCGAGCUGGGCGAAAUGAACGGCACCGGGGACCGCAGCCUGGUCGUGUACGACGUGGAAGAACUCCGGCGUCGUGCUGACGCGCCUCCGGUCACGCCCGCGCCCGCCCCCGCCGCCGCUGGUGCUGCUGCUGCGGGCGGCAGCGGCCUGGGACCCUGGAGCCUGGAGCCGCUGAAUUGGGAGGGGCGGCGGUACCUGCUGCACAGGGCCAGCGGCGCCGUGUAUGCGGGCUACAUGGGACCUGACACCUACCCCCAGCUGCUGGGGCGCUGGCGGCAGCCGGAGACACGCCUGGAGGGGCUGGGUGGAUCCGGGGCUGCGGACGAGGGGUGCUGGCUGGAGCUGGUGGAGGGCCACGUGCUAGACGGCGUGUUUGGCGGUCUGGACCGCUACCUCAAGGAGAACCGGGUGCGCUUCUCUGCCAUGUUUGAGGCCUUCGACGCCGACCGCAGCGGCACCCUGGAGGCGGAGGAGCUGGCAAAGCUGGUCAAAAAGCUGGUGCCCGGAGUCAGCUCCUCGGAGAUAAAAUACAUCAUGGCGAUCAUUGACUCCAACGAGGAUCGAUCCGUGACGCAGCGCGAAUUUCUGGAGGCUACCCGCAUGUGGGUUGUGGCUGCGCGGCGGGUGGCUGAGGAGCGGCGGGCGGAGGCGGGUGUGGAUAAGGUGCAGGCGGGCGCGUCCGGCGGCACGGCGGCAAUGCUGGAGACCAGCGAGGUCAAGGCCGCGCUGCGGCUGGUGACGGACCACUGUCGAGCCAACCCCGCCGCCGCCCGCGCCGCCUUCCGCCGCCACGUCACAGCCGCCAGCGCCCGGCCCAGCACCAACGGCACGAGCGACGCGGCCCCUGCCGCUGCUGCCGCUGCCCCUGGCGCCGCCGCCGUUGCCUCUGGCGGCGCCGCCGCCGCCGCCAGUGAGGGCCGCUUGGAUCCGCGGGAGCUGGCGCGGCUGCUGCUGGACUGUGUGCCGGGGCUGAGCGAGCAGCAGCUGCGGUUCGUCAUGACGCACAUGAGCCAGCUUGACCUCAAGGGCGACGGCAUGGUGUCCUUUGAUGAGCUGCUCUUCGCCGUGCGGGCCGAGCAGGCGCCCGCACAGCACAAGGCGGCAGACGCCCCCGCCCCCGCCCCUUCGCCUCUGGAGUCACUGUUCAUGCCUCAGGCCGCGCCGGUCGCGGCCAGCAAUGGCGGCGCCAGCAACGGCGCGAGCCACCCUUGGGAGGCCCUGUUUGGAGGUGGCGGUGACGGCGGCAACGGGGCUCCGCCCGCCAACGGCGGUGCCAGCAGCAUUGCUGCCAACGCCGGCCCGCCGCCGCCCGUGCUACUGACGUUAAGUCAGGCGCACAGCAAUUCCGUGAUGGCAGUUGACUACUCCCCAGACGGACGCUUUAUUGCCACCGGCAGUUACGAUGAAAGCGCCGCCGUUUGGGACGCGACCACCGGCGCAUUGCUGGCCCGGCUGCGUACGCCCAACGACACCGCAGCCGCCGACGGCUCGGGCCGCUGCGUCAAGUGCGUCGCCUGGUCACCACGGCCGCUUUCAUCCGUUGCGGCAGCAGCAGGAGUGGCCGCGCCGGAAGCGGCAGCCAGGGGGGCCGCGGGCGCGAUGCCGCUGCUGGCGGUGGGCACGAUCGACGGCGUGGUGCGGGUGUGGGAGCCGCGCAGCGGUACCUGCGUGUCCUCGCUGCGCGGACACACGAACGAGGUGACGGCAGUGGCUUGGGCGCCGCUGGGCCCGGGGCCGGAUGCUACCGCCGCUGCUCCAGACGGGCAAGGGCUGCUGCUGGCGUCUGUGUCACGGGACGGUACCGCUCGCCUCUGGGAGGUGUCUGCACAGGUCCUGGAAAGCGCGGCCGCGGCCGCGGCUGCGGUCGCGGCCGCAGCACCAGUACCAACCAACCCAAGCGAAUCGGGGACAGAAGCUGAUGCGGAGCAAGCGAGGCGCGAUGCGGAGCAGCAGCCGGCGGGGGAGCUGCAGGCAGUCGCGGUGAGCCGCUGCGGCGGCGUCAUCGCCACUGGCGGACAAGACCGCCGCCUGCGGCUGUGGGACGUCGCCUCCGGCCGGCUGCUACACCUGUUGGAACGGCCCUGGAGCAGCUCCAUCGCCUGCGUCGCCUUCGCGCCGGACGGUCGCACGGUCGCCGCGGGGCAUGAUGACGCAACGGUUCGGGUGUGGCGUGUUGGUGACGGUACCGUGUUGAGUGAGGUGGAGCACCGCGGCAGGGAGGUGCGCGGGCUGGCGUACUCGUCCGACGGCGCCACGCUGGCGGCCGUGUGCAAAGGCAACCGCAUCUCACUGUGGCGCGUCGCGGCGGCGGGCGCGGCUGCUACUGGUGCUGGUGACGGAGGUGAGCUGCCAGCUGGCGCCGUGGGGGCGAAGGCUCUGGCACUGAUCAGCACUGCGGGGGACUACGCCACAGCCUACAGCGCCGUGGCGUGGAGCCCGUGCGGCACGCGCCUGUACUGCAGCAACUACGACGGUGACGUACACGAGAUUGACGUGGCGGCGCGAACCUGUACGGCAAAUUUGUCGUGCAACAAGAGCGGCCUGCCUUGGGUGACGGGCGUGGCGGCGUCGGGUGACGGGCGGUGGGUGGCGGCGGCGGUGCGGGAGGCGGGGCUGGUGGUGUUUGAUGCCGCGAGCCGGGAGCGUGUAGACGUGGCGGCGGUUGAUGAUCCCGGCACCACGUUUUGUGUGGCAUUCAGUCGGGAUUCGAGGAUGCUCCUGACGGCGGGAAGUGAGGGCGUGGCGGUGUGGGAGUGCUGCGCGGAAGGCAAGGCUGGGGCCGGCGGUGGUGUUGGGGCGGUGGUGGGCGUGUGCUGGCGGCGGCGGGCGCAGCUCAAGGGGCACGUGCGCAGCGUGCUGAGCGCUAGCUGGGGGGCGGACAGCCGCCGGGUUGUGAGCGCCGGCGUUGAUGGCGCAGUGCGGGUGUGGGAGCAGUUGCCGACGGCGGGGCCAACAAGAUAAGGUCAGGGCUGUGAAUGCAUGAUGCACGCACGUACAUGCAUGGGUGGGACGUGAGUUGACGACCACAACAUUGUGACUGUUGUUCUGUGCACGGCACCGGGGAGUUGCGGUUUGUGU